UCCUGUGUUAUCAGUGUAUGUAUAGUGGCGCGCGCCGCGGCAGAUAACUGCAAUGCUGCCAGUCUCGCGUCACUCAGCACCUAAACCUCGACAUGGCCGCUCUUCUUACAGCCUCUGCCUUAGGCGCGCUUCUCGCUCUCAUAUUCGUCCAUACAGGUGAAGCUAUCAAAUGCUUCGACUGUAACAGCUACAAUGACACCCGGUGUGCUCAUGAGAAACCGCCCCCGGAGCUGGAGAUGGACUGCACCAAGAAGGACACAGACAAGAUCAAACACACUAUGUGCAGGAAGAUCACUCAGACCAUCGAGUUUGAAGUCAAUGGCCUGCAGCCGGACACUAGAGUGAUCCGUGGCUGCGGAUGGGACGAGUCCAACUACAAGGGCCGCUGCUACCAGAGGUCCGGGUUCGGCGGUCGACAAGAGGUCUGCUCGUGUACCUCUGACCUGUGUAACUCUGCCCCAGGACUGUCCACUGUCGCCUUCACUCUCGUCGGGGGGCUCUGCCUCGCCCUCGCCAGACACGCGUUAUAGCAUCUUCUGCCACAUUUUCUCUCUCUGUCACACCACACACUUCCCUUCAUUCGCCUUCUCUCCUUCAGUACCUUCAUCUCUUGUAAAUUAGUUGUACGUCUUUGAAUGUAUUAUUAUUUAUCGUUGUUGUACUUUAGUUGUUUUCAAUUAAAACGAUGUCUUUUUGUAA